UCUGGGGACGAGACUACUUGAGAAUGCCAGCUUCGUUUCGUGUCAAUGCGUCUACCUUCUUUCUGCUAAUGGUUUCGCGGCUAGACGUUAGGGCUCAGAAGAGGAGGCGUCAGAGGAGGCUCGUUCGCCGUCGGCAACGAGGGGUCCUUCUCGUUUAACUCUGUUUACUCCAGUGUGUUCUAAAAGUGGUAGCUAGAAUGCGCCCCGCCGGUCAAACAUUAUGGAUCAAACCGAGAGAAUCAAGGUGGUUUGACAGAAUGCUUGCGGAGGCAUCAGAUACCGAUUGGAGAGAGAAUUUCAGGAUGUCAAGAGGAACUUUCAUGAGUCUCUGCAAUGAUAUACGACAUCUGAUCACGAAGAAGUCCACCCACUUGAGAGUCCCUAUAUCGCCAGAGAAGAGACUAGCCUUGACUUUAUACAUGUUGGCUGGCAGUGAAUAUUAUAGGACUGUCUCAAACUUGUUUGGCGUUGGUGUGUCAACUGCUAGCACUAUUUCCAAUGAAGUAUGUCAGGCAAUCGUUUCCCACUUGAGUGGUCAGUAUGUCCAGAUGCCACAAGGAGAUCGCUUGAAGAAAGUCAUUGAACGGUUCAGAAAUAUUGGUCAUGGGUUCCCUCAAAUUGGUGGAGCAGUAGAUGGGUCACACAUACCUAUUAAAAGUCCACCUCUCAAUCCAGCCUGUUAUAUCAAUCGUAAAGGGUUUCACUCAAUUAUACUUCAAGCCGUGGUAGAUUCAUUUCUUUACUUCAACGAUAUCUGUAUUGGCUGGCCAGGACGAGUCCACGAUGCUCGUGUUCUUGCUAACAGUCUCCUCUUUGCAGUUGCUGAACGUGCUGGAACAGCGUUUCCUGGAAGUGAGACUGUUGUCUGUAAUGGUUCUCGAAUACCUGUUUUAAUUCUGGGAGAUCCAGCCUACCCUUUGAAAAGGUGGUUAAUGAAAGCAUAUCCCGAGAGCGCCAAUAUGAGGGAGUCUGAGAAAAGUUCCAACUACAAACUGAGUUGUGCUCGAAUCGCAGUGGAAAGGGCAUUUGGGCUACUCAAAGAACAGUGUGUUGAAACAGUGUGCUUUAAUUUUUUGGGGAAUUUUGUGCUACUGGUUUGCAUUGUCAGGUUCUUCCAUUUGUUGUCCGCUCUUCUCUCUCUCUGUCAGCAUCUUCCAUCCUUGACAUCAAAUCCACGAUCUUUUCCCCAAAUUGAGAGGUGCACUUGGAGGUGCACUAGGAGGGGUAUGGUGCCUACUAGUACUGGCAGGUGUUUCAGAGAAGCAUGGGCUUUGGUCACUGCAAUCUGGAGGUGUACCAGUGCUAUUUCCGGAUACACAUUCAGCUCCUGUUUGAGUAGAGUCGUACGGAGAGGCAACUAAGGAAGAGGACAAUAAUGUACAGAUACCAUCAGAAGACUCGUAUACAUUAGUAGGUGACACAGAUGGACAGUCACCUAACACCAUGUCCAUAUCAUCAUAGUACGCAAAAUCACUUGUUGUAUUUCCUUCUCCACUUCUUGUUAUUCGAUCCUUGACCAGUCUGUAAUCUUUUUUAGAUUAUUUAUUUUUUCUUUGUACUGCUCUGGUGUUCUGAUGAAUUUAUGUUUGGCUAGUUCUUGUGAUAUUUCCUGCCA